AUGCGCAUCGGUGCCCAGAAAAAAUAAUUAUUCGGCACCGGUGCGCAUCGGUGCCCGGAAAAAAAAUUAUUCGGCACCGGUGCGCACCCGUGCACAACCAGUGCCGAUAAAAUAUUUUUUUGUAGGGCUGCUGGUUUUAACAAUCUAAUUGAUCAUAUUGCUGGUGCAGUAAAUUAUAUAUUCGAACAUUUACCUGGAGCAAUCGUUAUUGUCAUUACUUGUUUGCUCUCAUACGCGUCUGUUAAUAGACACAGUGAUGUCGGUAUCACGAUGUUGAAUGUGAUCAAUUCCUGUCAUCAGGAUUUAAAAGAAGCUUCACAUGAAAUAUGAUCAUAUGCAACAAGAGCAUUUACGGCUUUAUCUGAAUCCAUAACGAUGGUAAAAAUCAUCGAAUUGGCUUCAAUCGGUCUUCUCAUAGUAAAAAUGCCCGAUGUAUUUGACUUUUUAUUGAAAACAUGGGCUAAAUCAGCUAAAAUUUAGUCAGAAACUGGUUGAUUGUAUUUUUAUUUUCUCAUAUAUGUUUAAGUAAUAAACGUCGUCUGAUUCUUUUACAGCAUCUAUUUUACAAUUUUUUAUGUUCGAAUUUCUGUCCUCAAAAUUGUUCCAGUUUCGAUAAUAAAAACAAAGCAAUCGGUGUAUAUUCGAAAUUGAAAUGAAGAUUGACAAUGAUCGAGAACUGACUUGUUGAGUCGAGUGAGGAAUCGAACUUGAAGAGACAUCUGAGAGAAAAGAAAAGAAACAUUUCGAAUUUAUUUAACAGAAAUCGAAAGAAUCUGAAUAUCAUCUAAAGGUUUAUCAAACCUGUCUGUUUUGACUUGUGAAAGCGGGUAUUAGUAAAAGACGCGAACAUCCACGAACACCCAGAACAAAGCGUAAGAACACCCAAAAAGGUGUGCCAAAUUCAUCUCCAGGCUGUUUUGGAGAGUGAAAUGUGGGGGUGAGGGUGAGGUACUUGUAGGCUCAGAAUAGUCUGGAGAUGAAUUUAGCACACUUUUUUGGGUGUUCUUACGCUAUGUUCUGGGUGUUCAUUGAAAAUGUAUGCUUAAACAGCGAAACUAUAAAAACUUGGCAAAAAAAUGGCAGUUUAAACUAACUCAGAUUGAACUAGGCCAAACUGAGAUCAAGUAGAAUAUGGAUUCACUAUAUAACUAUUUAAGAACGGAACACAAGUGAAGAGAACAUCGAUAACAAUCGAAAAAUGGAUCAAUUAUUAAAAAUUGACAAGGUCAUCAUUGAUCAAUUAUUCCAUUUAAUAUAACUGGUAGUGUAUUAGACGAACUCGGCAGUGUCAAAGAUGGAAACAAUCGGUCUAACAUUUUAAUUUAUGAUAAUAGGAAGAUUUGAAAAAAAAUGAAUUAUCAUUCGCUGUUGUGAUCACUAUCGGAUGAGCAGAAUAUUUUAUUUUAUCAAUAUGUGUUUGUCGCCGGAUCGAAGAAGGAUGCCUAAAAAAAGAUAAACAAAAUCAGAAACAGCAAAUUAUGAAAACAAAAUGAAGAGACGGCAUCAUUAGAUGGUAUCGAAAGCAAUAAAAAACUGAGUGGAUAUCGCGGCUAUACCAAUGGAACUCUUGUUCACUUUUUUUUAUUGGGUAAAUUAUUAAUAAAACUUCCUAACUGUAUUCUUAUCAGUUAUGAGUGAAUAUUUUAUGUAGAUGAAUUAAAAAAAGAUAUUAAAAAUCAAAAAUCAAAUUUGAUAAACAAUUUGAACAAUUAAAAGUGACAUCAUUAACGUCAAAAGUAACAUUGACAAUUGGAGAUUUAACUCAAAUUGAUCAAAUUACAAUUAAAAAACCAGAAAUUGAAAUGAAUUAUGCACAACAAUUUCAUGUUAAUGAUUUAGAACGUAUUUUAAACACACCAGUACCCGAUAAACAAUUUCAAGCAGAAAAUUUGACAACAAAAUUUCAUCUAAUGGGUUCAUCAGAGGAAUAUUUAUUGAUUGCAACUGAAAAAAUGACAAAUUGA